UUGGUUAUAUCUGAUUCUGCAUUCUUCCUACUAAUAGGCUCAUUCCUGGACUUCGAAGUGACUCUUACCCUCGCGCCUUAAUCACCCAUUUCAUCGCAAACGGCGGUGUGUCCGAUAAAACACACCUGGUGGCAGGACUCUACCCAAAAAAGUACGUAAGAAAUCUUUACCGCCCCCAAACCCCACAACUAGUGACAGGGGUGGGAUUUGUGUUAUUUUUCAACGACCUCAAAACUUGGCCUUCGACUCGUAUUCAAUCCGUUUUCUUGUGGUGUGUGUGUGUCAAAGGAAGGUAAUAAUCCCCCUAGCGGCGCCCUCGGAAACCGAGAUGAGAGAGUUUAAAGUGGUGGUACUGGGAAGCGGAGGAGUGGGCAAGAGCGCCCUGACGGUCCAGUUCGUCUCCGGCAUGUUCAUGGAGAAAUACGACCCUACCGUAGAGGAUUUAUACCGCAAGGAGAUCGAGGUGAAUUCGGCGCCCUGCGUCUUGGAGAUACUGGAUACCGCGGGUACCGAACAGUUCGCAUCCAUGAGAGAUCUCUACAUCAAGAACGGGCAGGGUUUCGUGGUCGUCUACAGCAUCACGAAUCACCAGACGUUCCAGGACAUCAAAAACAUGAAGGAACAGAUCAUGCGCGUGAAGAACACGGAUUGCGUGCCGAUUUUACUAGUCGGAAACAAGAUGGAUCUGGACAAUCUGAGAGAGGUAACCCCCGUGGAAGGAAUGGGGUUGGCACAGUUGUGGGGCUGUCCGUUUAUGGAAUCUUCUGCCAAAAAUAAGUGCAAUGUUAACGAGGUUUUUGCCGAAAUAAUCCGAGAAAUGAUUUACACACCUACUAAAGAAAAACAGAAUUACUGCUGCUGUUCGGUUCUCUAAUAACGGUCAUAAAUAAUUGAAUUCAGAAUAGUUUCUCUGUUAUAUAUCUGUUCAACGGAAUCUGAAUAAAACAGAAACCUGCCUAAGCAGAAAAAUUCUUCAGAAAGGAGCAAUUUCCUAUGUUCAAAACAGAAAUCUGCCAAACAAGGAAAAAAUAUUUAAUAUCAUGUGAUUCCAGUUUACAUAGGUUUUACUGUAUUUAGAUAAGCAAAUAUAUACUUGACGUACUUCAUAUA